UCCACCGCAGACUACCGGCGUCCUCCGCCCAGUGACAGAUGUCAAAACAAUUCGAAUUCAAAUGCGGAAAAUUCGUUAAUGUUUGCAAAUUUCUAACAAAAAUAUGUGUGUAAUUUGAGCAAAAAAUCGUGCAACUGUCCGUUUUUGUGUGAUAAAGUAGUCGGAGAACAAGUGUUUGUCAAGUAGUCAAAAUGGUGCGUUACGCUGAACUGAAAGGCUUGUAUGAGAUUGAGAAGACGAUAGGCUGUGGAGGAUUUGCUAAAGUUAAGCUCGCAACUCAUGUAGCAACCGGAGAAAAGGUCGCAGUUAAAAUAAUGAACAAGACGGGACUUGGCGAUGACUUGCCAAGGGUCAAACUGGAACUGAAGGCUUUAAAGUCGUUCUCACACCAACACAUUUGCAAACUCUACCAAGUGAUUGAGUCGGAAACGCACUUUUUCAUAGUUAUUGAGUACUGCUCAGGUGGCGAACUGUUUGACCACAUUGUCGAAAAAAACCGCUUGAGUGAAUCGGAAAGCCGCACUUUUUUCCGGCAAAUUGUGUCAGGGGUGGCUUAUUUGCACAGUCUGGGGUAUGCACACAGGGACCUUAAACCAGAGAACGUCCUUCUCGAUAAAGACCAGAACUUGAAGCUGAUUGAUUUUGGCUUAUGUGCCCGGCCUGAGGGGGGCAUGGGGAGCCCCCUGUACACGUCUUGCGGCUCUCCAACCUACGCGGCCCCCGAGCUAGUCUUGGGGAAGAAAUAUCUGGGGCCCGAAGUGGACGUCUGGGCCAUGGGGGUCCUGCUCUAUGCUCUCCUAGUCGGGGCUUUGCCCUUUGAUGACAUAAACAUCGAUAGCUUGUAUAAAAAAAUUCUGAGUGGCAAAUACGCGGAGCCUCCUUUCCUGUCCGCGGAAAGCAAGCGCCUCAUCGCCUCCAUGCUCCAAGUGGACCCCAAGAAACGCAUCACCGUGCAAGAGCUCCUCUCACACCCUUGGCUCACGUUGGGUAUCCUGGACCCAGUCGAUUACACCUCAAUUGAUUUGAGAAAGUACGACAAGGAUUGUGUCGACGUUAUGGCAUCGUAUUACAACGUAAACCCGGAAAGAAUGUGGCGCCACUUGAAAAAAUGGAAAUAUGAUUAUCACACCGCUACGUAUUUUUUGUUGCUUUCGAGGAAAAAAAGAGGGGCUGUUUUGAGACUGGUGUCAUUGCCGGGGCAACUACACUUGAAAAUGCGGUUGGAGGAGACUCCGCGUAAAGAAAGGCCCCAGUUGAAACCCUUGGUGAUAACUCAAGGACAGCAAUUAGGUGCAAAAGAGGGACAGACGCCGUACUACGACUGUAUCGAGAAUAUCGAAAAUUGCAAACCGGCGAGAAAUGAUAAUCUGGAUAGUCCCAAUGUGUUUGUUGAACCUGAGAAGCCCCCAAGCGUACGCAAACCUCAGAAGAGGGUGAGGAGCCCCACUUUGGGAGAGGAAAGUUCGCCAGUGCCCAGCAAAAAAUCCACAACGGAGAGAUCUACGCCGAAAACUCCAGAAAGAAAGAGGAGUGCUUCAAACGCUGAAACUCCGGGAUCGGCAAGAAGAGUUUUGGGAAGCAUCGAACGCUCAUUGCAUAAAGUGCGACAUGUGCUCACACCGCGGAAAACUUCGGUCGAAGAUCCAAACCAACCGGUGAUUUUGAGCACCAAGGAUUUGUGUAACGUCUCGACCACUCAAUGCAACGAUCCCGAAUACGUAAUUACCGAGCUUUCGAAAGCUUUCCAGAAGAAAGGCUUCGAAUGCGUCCGCAAAGGAUUCACUCUGAGGGGCAAAGUGGAGGCCAACGUGUUGCAUCCCUGCAACGGCUGCUCCUUCGAGCUGGAGAUUUGCUACUUGCCCCCUCUGGGGGUGCUGACGUCGCGGGCGCAAAGUUGCGACACCCCGCCCAGAUCGAUUUUGAAAAACGGGCCGAUGAGUUUCGGGACCCCGACGAGCGGGAGUGCGUCUGUGACGACUCCUUCGUCGAGCAAGAAGAACAAGAAGGUGGACCUGGGGAAGGAGAGGCAGUUUGGGUUUAUCGGGAUCAAGAGGAAGCGGCUCAAGGGCGACUCCUGGUGCUACAAGAAGGUGUGUGAGGAGGUUCUGGCGGUUACUACCAAGGAUUUGAGACAAGUUACCGAGUCGGCAGUGUGACUUAUUUAUUUAUAUUUGCAAUUGAGAUGUACUUAAUUUCUUACAUAAUAAAUACAUUUAUUUAGAGGAA